UGACAAUAAGGUUUUAAAUCAAUCAGAGAAAAAACCUAAAUUUAAAAGAAAUGUAUUGAUGAGAACAAUUGUACAGAAUUUAGAACUCGGGGAAAUACCGUCAGCAAUUGUAAAUUCUACAAGCAGUGCUUGGAUACAAUACUUCUUCAUAAUGGUUACCAUGGCAUCAAUCUACAGAGUGUCAAAACAAAACACGUGGAAAAUAUACCUGAAAAUGUAUAGUAGUUUUCGAUUAUACAAGUUUUUAGAUGAGUUGAAAUAUUUGAAGAAUUAAAAAUUAUUUGAUUAUAAAGUAAUUGACAGUUAAACGAUGACGACUUUUUUAAAGAGCUUCCAUAUCAGAGAUGGUGAAUACACCAAAGUUAUUUAUACAAUGAUUAAAGAACAACGAUAUACUGAUACAAUACAAUUAUUGAUCGAUUUGUUAUCCAAUCAUCCAGAGUCUCGAUCCUGUUUAUCUUUGCUGGCUUAUUGUUACUUUUACACUCAAGAUUUUCUAGGUGCAUCUGAAUGUUACGAAAAAUUAGUUCAAUUGUAUCCUGAAGAAAGUCUUUACAAAUUAUUUUAUGCACAAGCUCUGCAUCAAGCUUGUAUGUAUCAAGAGGCUUGGAAUGUUUGUGCGGGAAUUACCAAUCAAUCUCAUCUAGAUUCAAGAAUAAAAAAAUUACAAGCUGCUAUCAAAUAUGGCCAAGAAGACAUAGUAGCUGUUAAAGGUCUCCUAGACCAAUGUCCUCCUGAUGAUGCUGAUACAGACAUUAAUUUAGGAUGCCUUCUCUACAAAGAAGAAGAGUAUGAAAAAGCUUUAAAAAAAUUUUUAGGGGCCCUUCAAGUUGCUGGAUUCAAACCUCACUUAUCAUAUAAUGUUGCCUUAUGCUAUUAUAGAUUAAAAGAAUAUGCAGCAUCUCUAAAACAUAUUGCUGACAUUAUUGAACAAGGAAUCAAAGAACACCCAGAAUUAAGUGUUGGAGUAACAACAGAAGGAUUUGAAGUAAGAAGUGUUGGAAAUACGUUAACUCUUCAUGAGACAGCCUUAACUGAAGCUUUUAAUUUGAAAGCUGCCAUUGAAUAUCAGUUACAAAACUAUAAAGCAGCUAAAGAAGCCUUAACAGAUAUGCCUCCAAGAUCAGAAGAAGAAUUAGAUGCUGUUACAUUACACAAUCAAGCGCUAAUUAAUAUGGACACAAAACCAAGUGAAGGAUUUGAAAAAUUGCAAUUUUUAUUACAACAGAAUCCUUUUCCGCCAGAAACAUUUUCUAAUUUGCUUCUUCUAUAUUGCAAAUUUCAAUAUUUUGAUUUAGCAGCUGAUGUUCUUGCUGAAAAUGUGCAUUUAACAUAUAAAUAUUUAACACCAUAUCUCUACGAUUUCCUUGAUGCUUUAAUAACUCAACAAACAUCUCCAGAAGAAGCUUACAGAAAGCUUGAUGAUCUUGCCAGCAAACAUUGUGAGAUUUUACGUAAAACAACUAAGCAAGUGCAAGAAGCUCGACUAAACCAUGAUGAAGCAGCAGUGAAAAAAGCCGUAAAUGAUUAUGAAGAAGCUUUGGAGCGUUAUAUUCCAGUUUUAAUGGCCCAAGCUAAAAUUUAUUGGGACCUAGGAAACUAUAUUCAAGUUGAAAAAAUAUUUCGUAUGAGUGCAGAUUUUUGUAAUGAUCAUGAGGUUUGGAGGCUCAAUGUUGCCCAUACCUUAUUUAUGCAGGAAAAUAAAUUCAAAGAUGCCACAGGAUUUUAUGAACCCAUAGUGAAGAAAAAAUACGACAAUAUCCUAGAUGUGAGUGCCAUAGUUCUGGCUAACUUGUGUGUAAGUUAUAUCAUGACAUCUCAAAAUGCAGAAGCAGAAGAGCUAAUGAAAAAAAUCGAAAAAGAGGAGGAAACGAUUGCUUUUGAAGAUCAAGAUAAAAAAUUAUUCCACUUAUGUAUCGUCAAUAUGGUGAUUGGAACUCUUUAUUGUUCCAAAGGAAACUACGAAUUCGGGAUAUCAAGAGUAAUGAAGAGUUUGGAACCAUACAAUAAAAAAUUAGGAACUGAUACUUGGUAUUAUGCUAAAAGAUGUUUUCUAUCACUUCUUGAGCAGUUAGCCAAACAACUAGUAGUCUUACAAGAUGCAACAAUUCAAGAAUGCAUACAAUUUUUAGAGCAUUGUGAAGUUUAUGGAAAAAAUAUCCCUACAGUUAUUGAGCAAUCAUUUGAUCCUAACGAGUUGUCAAUGGGUCCUCAGGGAAAACAUAUAGUUAGUUAUGAAGCAAGAUAUUUAAAAGCAUUAUUUAUAAAAAUACGAAGGUCUUAACAUGUUGUUAAAAAUGAAAUAUUUAGGAAAUGUUGUUGAUUACUUAUAUAAUAAGUUUUUUAUUGAUUGAAAUGAUAU